UCAGUUGUGUUUGUGAUGGUAGCGUUUUUUUAGUACUGAUAGCAAAUUAUUGAAUUGUUCACGACGAAAUUGUCAAUACGGUCAUUUGAUUGAAUAAAGGGGAAAAUAACGUCAAGGAAGAGGUUUCGUGGAAGGGAGAACGAAAGGGGAUACGCUUAUUGUGCUGAUGUUAUUGAGACGCCCCAAGUCUAACCAUAAUGAGUAGCAACAGCCAUCCCUUGCGUCCACUGGCCUCAGUGUCAGAGAUCGACCACAUCCACCUGCUGUCCGAGCAGCUGGGUGCUUUGGUUCCAGGUGAAGAGUACAGCGAUGUCACCUUCAUUGUGGAGGAGAAACGCUUUCCAGCCCAUAGGGUCAUCUUGGCAGCACGCUGUCACUACUUCAGAGCUCUGCUGUAUGGGGGGAUGAAGGAGUCCCAGCCGCAGGCGGAGGUGACCCUGGAGGAGACGCGAGCCGAGGCCUUCUCCAUGCUCCUCAACUACCUCUACACGGGCCGGGCUAGCCUCAGCUCAGCCCGCGAGGAGGUGCUGCUGGACUUCCUGGGUCUGGCCCACCGCUAUGGCCUCCAGCCACUAGAGGACUCCACCUCAGAGUUCCUGCGCACCAUCCUGCAUACGCACAAUGUGUGUUUGGUGUUUGACGUGGCCAGCCUGUACUGUCUGAGUGCGCUCAGUGCAGCGUGCUGUGCCUACAUGGACCGUCACGCCCCGGAGGUCCUGGCUUCAGACGGCUUCCUCACACUGUCCAAGACUGCUCUGCUGACUGUGUUACGCAGGGACUCAUUUGCGGCGAGCGAGAAGGAGAUCUUCCAGGCGCUGUGUCACUGGAGCCGGCAGAACGGCGAGGGAGGCGCCACGCAGGAAGUGAUGGCAGCCGUGCGGCUGCCGCUCAUGAGCCUGACGGAGAUGCUGAACGUGGUGCGUCCCUCGGGACUGCUCAGCCCAGACGACCUGCUGGACGCCAUCAAGACCCGCUCAGAGAGCCGCGACAUGGACCUCAACUACCGCGGCAUGCUCAUCCCAGAGGAGAACAUUGCCACCAUGAAGUUUGGGGCCCAAGUGGUGAAGGGAGAGCUGAAGUCAGCGCUGCUGGACGGAGACACCCAGAACUACGACCUGGACCAUGGCUUCUCCAGACACCCGAUAGAGGAGGACGGCCGCGCUGGCCUUCAGAUCAAACUGGGCCAGGCCUCUAUCAUCAACCACAUCCGCAUCCUGCUCUGGGACAGGGACAGCCGGUCUUACUCCUACUAUAUUGAAGUGUCCAUGGAUGAGCUGGAUUGGGUGCGUGUUGUGGACCAUUCCAAGUACCUGUGUCACUCUUGGCAGAACCUCUUCUUUACACCACGUGUGGCCAGGUAUGUGCGCAUUGUGGGGACGCACAACACUGUCAACAAGGUCUUCCAUCUGGUGGCUUUCGAGUGCAUGUUCACACACCGCUCCUUCACUCUGGAAAGAGGUAUUCUCGUUCCAAAUGAGAAUGUGGCUACCAUCGCGGCCUGUUCCAGUGUCAUCGAGGGGGUUAGUCGGAGCAGAAACGCCCUGCUCAACGGGGACACCAGCAACUACGACUGGGACUCGGGCUACACCUGUCACCAGCUGGGCUCUGGGGCCAUCGUCAUCCAACUGGCUCAACCCUACACUAUAGGCUCCUUAAGACUGCUACUGUGGGACUGUGAUGAGCGAUCCUACAGUUACUACAUUGAGGUCUCCACCAAUCAGCAGCAGUGGACAAAGGUGGUGGACCGCACCAAGGUGCCAUGUCGAUCGUGGCAGACACUCAAAUUCGACAAGCAGCCUGCCUCUUUUAUUCGCAUCGUGGGAACUAACAACACUGCAAACGAGGUGUUCCAUUGUGUCCACUUUGAGUGUCCGGCGCAGUUGGACACGGAGGUGAAAGAGGGCAGUCCUGGGCAGGCGUCACCUUUUGAGUCCAGUUCCACAUCCCAGAACCCUAGACCCCUGCGGCCCUCCUGCAGCCAUAGCCUUCUCCCCUCCCAGCCCUCCUCAUCCUCCACUUCCUCACAACCCCACCUCUGAGAGAGAGAGAGAGAGAGAGACAGAACCCCCAAGAAAACAAUUUUGCACAACCUUUAUCCAUCACACAGGAUGCACUGCUAAAAUGCUGCUAAGCAUGCAAUCAAUUUUGAUAACAAAGAUAAGCCUCUAUUGCAAUGAUGAACACGUUAACAGAAUCUUACAUCCAUUUCAGGUUUUUAGGGUGCUCCCUGUCUGAGAUGAUAGACAAUGAAGGAAAAAAAGGCUAUGGAGUAAAUUGGUCCAUACAUUUUCUGUGAAGGUAUUAGCCCACAUUUGCAGCCGGUUUAAGGGUACUCAGUUGGCACUCUUCAAAGCCGGGCCAGGUGCUAUCCAGCCAGUGGAGGUGCAAUCAGGACCGCUCGUCCAAAGAUUAACCAAUGGAAUACAGCAGUGAUGUUGGUAAUAAUAUCACUAUCAAUUAUUUUCUUCUCAUUUUGAAAAUGAACAAUCCCAAUGACAAGUUUUUACUUGAAUGUUAAAAAAUACUUUCUCAUAAUUUCUGUGGCAUUGAAGUUGUUUAUGUGCACUUGUUGGUUAACUAGAAUGGUCAUGUUCACCUAUGUUGAAGGUUUUUAUUUGGCAAAUUAAUUCGAUUCACCCCCUCCUCCCAAGCAAACAUUUGGGCUAAAAUACUAAUAUUACGGUCUUGGCUGAGCAGCACUUCAAUGUUCCGGUUUAAAUUGUUUGGUAAAUUUAUCAGCACUUUGUAGAAAUCGGAGGCUGGGAGAGUGGACCAAAUUAUGCACUGGAGCUUAGAACGUGGGAUAUUUAUGGUUUAUGAGCAGCUGAUAUUUGGCACUUUAUUGUUCCCCAUAUUUACUGUAAGAAAGAUGUUACCUAGGUCUACUAAGAACAGGAAAAAUGUGCAGCGCUGGUAAUAGUUAUUUCUGUCUAUGGAUUUGUUUUUGUCAUUUUAUUGUUGUCCUCACCUUUGAGAAAAACUUUAAUUGCUGCUUGUACUUACCGCUAAAUGCUCAGACAUAAUACUGUAUAUUGUCAAUGAUUUUGUUUGUGUGGUUUGAUUUGUUAAUUAAGUUUUGUGUUGGCUCAACUGCUUAUUUCUCAGUGCUGUGGUUCCUAUUAUCCCUCACCUCUUCCCUCUUUCUUUGUUUUUUGGCUCAUAAUAUUGCUCUACUUUUUAUAGUUCCUUUGAUCUCCUAUGUUAUUUUAGAAGCUUUCAAGUAGAUUUGAGCAAUCCUUUAGAUACUUUCACGUUGCUGCUAUUGCAUGAGGGCUGAACAUUGACUUAAAGUCAAUUAAUUAGAAAGCAGAUUACCCUUCUCAUAUCUAUACAUUUUCCAUUCUCUUUCUUGAAUAGUUUUGAUUUGCAAUUUCUUUGUUGUAUUAUCUUAGUACAAUAAUAUCAUUACUGUACAAUAUCACCAUUGCUUGGGAUGACUUUUAUCAGUUUUUCUAUAUCACUGCCAUUACCAUACAGUGGUGUUUCUUUUCAGAAGAGGUCUCUUUUGUAGAUGUUGAUAGAGAUUCAGCAGAAAGGUCUCUGAACCUCUUACUGUUCAAAUAAUGGUGAUUUAUUUGUGAAGUCAAGCAGGUUUGCGUUAGUGAGUGCCAAAGGCUUCUUCGGACUGGUGAUCUCUGCUUAUGGAAAAUGUUAGUGGGCCAAUAAAUGUACAUUUUAUUGCAGGCAGUGACUGCAGGAAACGGCAUUAUAUCUUGUCUGACUCAUUUUGCAGUACUUAUUCAAAGCAACCCUCAUCAAACUUGAAAGACCACGUGUUUUUUUUUGAUACCCUACCAGCUGACAAUCAAGCUUUUAAACAAUACUGUAUUAAAGAUGUGGAACAAAACAUGUACAACUUGUGUGUCAUGAAGACUCACGUAAGUCAGUAUGUCUUUGUAUUUUGGCAUAUGUGUUACAAAAUACUGUAACUUUAUAAACCAGCUGGCAAUCAAGCUUUUAAACAAUACUGUAUUAAAGAUGUGGGACAAAACA